AUGUUUGAGGUGACACUUGUGGCCACUCCUUAUGAUGCUAGCUCUCAAUUGAAAAAGAAUAAUGGUGACCCCGUUGCUCAGUCUAAAUAUGCGCAAAUUAUUGGGAGUCUGAUGCAUUUAAUGAACUUUACAAGGCCUGAUAUGGCCUAUGCUGUGUGUAGACUGAGUAGAUAUACUCGUAAUCCCAAUCAUGAGCAUUGGUCUACAUUAAUUAGAUUCGUGAAAUAUUUGAGAGGAACCAUGAAUUAUGGUAUGAUGUAUAGUGGAUUUCCCUCUACUUUAGAAGGAUAUUGUGAUGCAACCUGGAUCUCUGAUUCAGAUGAGACAAAAUCCACUAGUGGCUAUGUGUUCACCCUUGGUGGGGGUGCAAUAUCGUGGAAAUCAGCUAAGCAGACGAUCAUUGCUAGAUCAACUAUGGAGUCAAAGUUUGUAGCUCUAGAGUUAGCUGGUUCUGAAUGCUGA